AUGCCAGAAGAUGUUGACAAUGCGCAAGAAGAUAAUACACAAAUGAAAUUAAUAAGUAAACGCACCAAAGAAAGAAUGAAGAAAGCUAAAAAAAAAUUAGAAAAUGAAGCAUUUUAUUAUGAUCCAACUAUUUCUUACGAUGAUGAUCCUCGCGUGUCAAUUGGUCUCUUAAAUGUUGAAUGUGAAUACUGUCAAGCAUUGAAAUUUAAAGAUGAGCCUAAUGGCAUAUGUUAUGGGAAUGGUAAAAUAAAACUCCCACUUUUGAAUAAUCCUAUAGAACCAUUGCUUUCAUAUUUGGCUGGAACUUCCAAUGAAUCAAAACACUUCUUAAAUAAUAUUAGAAAAUAUAAUUCAAGUUUCAACAUGACCUCAUUUGGUGCAGAUAGAAAAAAAGAACCAGGGUAUCAAACAACUUUUAAAAUUCAAGGGCAAGUUUAUCAUAGAAUAGGGUCGCUUCUACCUCUUGAUGGUAAAUCAUCUUAUUUACAAAUAUAUUUCAUUGGAGACAAUGAAAUUCAAUCAAAACAAAGAUGCGAUGUUAUUCCAAAUGUCAAUGCCAAUAUUAUUGAAUCAAUCCAACACAUUUUACACGAACACAAUGAGUUGAUAAAAAUCUUCAAAUCUGCGUUAGAAAACAUGCCAACAGAUGAAUGUAAAAUAGUUUUAAAAGCUGACAAAAUACCUACAGGAGAACACGAACGAUGCUUCAAUUUACCAACAAUAAACGAAGUAGCAGCAGUUAUGAAUGGCAAUGAAUUCAAAAAACGUGAUAUUAUAUUACAGAAACGGAGUAAUGAAUAUAUGAGAGUUCAAGAGACUCAUAAAUCUUAUGAUGCUUUACAAUAUCCGUUAAUGUUUUGGAGGGGUGAAGACGAUAAAAAAGUAUCAGCAAUGGAUUUUUAUGCAUAUAGAAUAAUGAUAAGAAAAUUCCCGGAAAAUUUUUUACUCCGUUAUAAUCAAUUAUUUAAUCAAUUCAUCGUUGACAUGUAUGCAAAAAUAGAAAAUGAGCGUUUACGUUUUAUACGAUUUAAUCAAUCAAAACUCAAGGUUGAUCAAUAUAUUCAUCUAAAAGACGCAUUUGAAAAUGAUGGAGACCUUGAAGAUAUAGGACAAAAAUACAUUUAA